AUACUUACCAAAAUGAAGAGUUGAACCCGGUCACCACUGAGGAGCAGGUCCAGGAGGUUCAGAGUUAUCUUCUCAAAGUAGCGGGGAUUGGUGAAGUGCUUGCUCGUCGACAGAUGAAGGUGGUCUUCUUUGGAAGGACAAGUAAUGGAAAGAGUUCAGUGAUCAAUGCCAUGUUAUGUGACAAAGUGCUGCCCUCUGGGAUUGGACACACCACCAACUGCUUCUUGAAGGUGGAGGGCACGGACGGCAGCGAGGCAUUCCUCUUGACCGAAGGCUCAGAGGAUAAGAAAAACAUACAAACGGUGAACCAGCUUGCCCAUGCGCUCCACCAGGAUGAGGACCUGGAUGCUGGCAGCAUGGUUUGUGUCAUGUGGCCUAAAGCCAAGUGUGCUCUGCUCAGAGAUGAUUUGGUGCUGGUGGACAGCCCAGGCAUCGAUGUCACCACUGAGCUGGACAGCUGGAUCGAUAAGUUUUGCCUGGAUGCUGAUGUCUUUGUUCUGGUAGCAAACUCUGAAUCCACUCUCAUGCAGACGGAGAAGUCCUUUUUCCACAAAGUCAAUGAGCGUCUCUCCAGUCCCAACAUAUUCAUACUCAACAAUCGCUGGGAUGCCUCCGCCUCAGAACCUGAAUACAUGGAGGAGGUUCGGAGACAGCAUAUGGAUCGCUGCACCAACUUUCUAGUGGAUGAGUUGGGUGUGGUGGACCGAGCCCAGGCCAGCGAUCGCAUCUUCUUUGUCUCUGCUAAAGAAGUUCUUCAGGCUCGGGUGCAGAAAUCCCAAGGAAUGCCAGAAGCAGGUGGAGCGCUUGCUGAAGGAUUUCAAGCCAGAAUGUUUGAGUUCCAGAACUUUGAGAGGAGAUUUGAAGAGUGCAUCUCUCAGUCUGCAGUGAAGACCAAGUUUGAGCAGCACACAAUGAGAGCCAAGCAAGUCUCUGAAGCUCUGCGCCGUAUCAUGGACUCUGUACACAUUGCUGCCCAAGAACAAUGGUCUGAAGCCUCUGCUGCCCCCUUCUGUCAUAGAGCAGGUUGACAGUAUGGUUCCUCGUCAGUCCUUCAGUCUCACUUAUGACCUGGCCUGUGACAAGCUUUGUAGUGACUUUCAAGAGGACAUCAGCUUUCACUUUUCACUGGGGUGGACCAUGCUUGUCAGCCGCUUCGUGGGGCCAAAGAACACCCGACGGGCCCUCAUGGGCUACAGUGACCAGGUUCCUCGGCCCAUGGCUUUAACUCCAGUCAGCACUAGCAUGCCUCCAUUCCCACAGAGCUCUAUGACCCAGGAGGAGCUGAUGGUCUCAAUGGUGACCGGUUUGGCUUCCCUGACCUCCCGUACCUCCAUGGGUGUCCUGGUGGUUGGUGGUGUGAUCUGGAAGGCAGUGGGCUGGCGUCUCAUYGCCCUGUCCCUGGGUCUGUAUGGACUUCUAUAUGUCUAUGAGCGCCUCACCUGGACCACCAAAGCCAAAGAGAGAGCCUUUAAAAGACAGUUUGUGGAGUAUGCAAGCGAGAAGCUGCAGCUAAUAGUCAGUUACACUGGAUCCAACUGCAGCCACCAAGUCCAGCAGGAGUUGGCUGGUGUGUUUGCUCAGCUCUGCCAGCAGGUGGAUGUUACCCGUCAGAACCUUCAGGAUGAGAUCCAUGAUAUGAACAGCAAGAUUGAGCUGCUGGACAACCUGCAGAGCAGAGCCAAGCUGCUGAGGAACAAGGCGGGCUGGUUGGACAGUGAGCUCAACAUGUUCACCCAGCAGUACCUGCAGCACAGCAAGUGACCCAGACAGACCUUCAUCCACAGACAGAUCCUUACCUGAACCACAGCUGGCGUGAUUCUUAUUGGUUGAUCAGAAUAGGAAGCUCGUGUUUGUAAUGUUGAAACGAGUCAUUUGGUGUCUAUCACUAAUUACACACAACUAAACCUGAAUAAGCAUGUUCUURUGUAAAACAUGUAUACAUGACUGAUUUCAGGACUAAACACCACCUGUAGACUCUCAGUGAUGUUAGGACUUUUCUGUUUAUCUGAGCAGGAACCAGACGAUUCAGGUUAGAACUGAAGAGUUUCUGAUAAAAACACCACAUUUUACUUWAAAUUCAAUUUAGCACUAACAGACAGUACACAAAGGGAAUAAAAUAUUAAUGAACUGAAAACAUAAAAAAGAGUAAAUUUGURAAGAGGGACAGUAUGAAAUGAUUUGGAAGGUUCAGAUGGUACAUAAGUUAGUUUUCACAAUAAUACAAACAGAACUAUAUUACAUCUGAAGGUUAAGCUGCUUUUAUUUAACUUAUUUAAGUAACUAGUUAUUGUGUGAAAUGGCAGGAAGGUACAUCAGCUUUGCUUCCAGACAAUAAUUGAAAGUCAGAUCUGAUUUUACUGUUUGGUUAGGACUGAUGACGGAUGAGAGAUGUGGAGAUUGUUUUUGUAUAAAUGUAAAGUAAUAAACAGUUAAAUUAAAUAUGA